CGACAGACGUCACUCUCUGGCAAGCGCUAUCCCUCCCAUCGAGAGACAUCCACCAUGGCGGGCAUCAAUCCAGGAGACUCCAAGCUGGUGUUUGAAUCAAGUGAGGAAGUCAAGGUGGCACCGACAUUUGACGCCCUUGGGCUCAAGGAGGAUCUCUUGCGGGGCAUCUACGCCUACAACUUCGAGCGACCAUCUGCGAUUCAACAGCGCGCCAUCCUGCCUAUCAUGCGCGGCCGAGACGUCAUCGCCCAGGCUCAGUCAGGAACGGGAAAGACGGCGACGUUUGCCAUUUCCAUGCUGCAAUCCAUCGACACGUCGCUCCGAGAAACUCAGGCGCUGGUUCUCAGCCCAACGAGGGAGCUGGCGACGCAGAUCCAGAGCGUCGUUCUGGCGCUGGGUGACUACAUGAAUGUGCAGUGCCAUGCCUGCAUUGGUGGAACAUCGGUGGGAGACGACAUUCGGAAGUUGGACCACGGACAACAUAUUGUCUCGGGGACGCCAGGGAGGGUCUUUGACAUGAUCCGACGACGCAAUCUGCGCACGAAGAACAUCAAGAUGCUCAUUCUUGACGAGAGUGACGAGCUUCUCAACAUGGGUUUCAAAGACCAAAUUUACGACAUCUACCGAUACCUACCCCCUGCCACUCAGGUCGUCCUGCUUUCCGCCACACUACCUCACGACGUCCUAGAGAUGACCACGAAGUUCAUGACCGAUCCCGUCCGAAUCCUCGUCAAGCGCGACGAACUGACGCUCGAGGGCAUCAAGCAAUUCUUCAUCUCGAUCGAAAAGGAGGAUUGGAAGUUCGACACGCUGUGCGAUCUGUACGACACAUUGACAAUCACGCAGGCCGUCAUUUUCUGCAACACGAGGCGAAAGGUUGACUGGCUGACCGACAAGCUGCGGGAAAACAACUUCCAGGUCUCGUCGAUGCACGGCGAGAUGCAGCAGAGGGAGAGGGACGAGAUCAUGAACGAGUUCCGCCAAGGCAACAGCCGCAUCCUCAUCACCACCGAUGUCUGGGCCAGGGGCAUUGACGUUGCGGGGGUGAGCCUGUGCAUCAACUACGACCUGCCCAGCAAUCGAGAAAACUACAUCCAUCGCAUCGGCAGGACCGGUCGCUUUGGUCGCAAGGGUGUCGCCAUCAACUUUGUCACCAUCGACGACGUCAGAAUUCUUAGGGAUAUUGAGCAGUACUAUGCCACUCAGAUCGACGAGAUGCCGGUCCGUGUCGAAGACCUCCUCUGAGUACACUCACUCCCUCCUUUUCCCACCUCUCUUUUGUAUAUCUCUCUUUUUUUUUCUGUUCUCCUCGGGCGAUGUAUUAAAACUACAAUCGUGAACACUAUCCAAACGCCUUCUCCAGCCC